UGGAACAUUUUGUUUUCGUAACUCUCAGCUGGACUCAUCUGGAUCUGCGCGGCCUACCUCCCGAACCGCUCCAUUGUCGCGCCGCUUCCCCACCGAAAACAGUCGAAGGGACUUCAAACUCUACUAGUUGAGAGUCUCAGUAAUGAAAGAUAGACAUUCCCCCCCUAACCGGUUGAUUUUGGUGAAAAACUACUCAUGGAUAUUUGCGAGAGAAAGAGGAGGAAGGUAAGAGGCGACAAGAGCGCGGCCAUGAAGGCGAAGGAGGACUCGGGGAAGGUGCUCCGUUGUCUGAAGGCGAAGCACAACCACAUGGAGCGAAUGGAGGAGGGGGAGGAGGACUAUUGCUUCUCUGUUAGCUUCGUGCACACGGACCGGCGGGAGCUGGUGGAGGUGAUGGCCCCCCGCUACAACCUGCUGCGCGAGGUGGGCCGGGGAAGUUACGGGGUGGUGUACGAGGCCAUAUCCAGGAAGAGCGGGGCCAGGGUGGCCGUGAAGAGACUCCAGUGUGGCGCGCCUGAAAACGUCGAACUUGCUCUGGCCGAGUUCUGGGCUUUGACCAGCCUGGAGAACCGACACGAGAACGUGGUGCAGCUGGAGGAAUGUGUCCUGCAGAGGAACGGCCUGGCCCAGAAGAUGAGCCACGGCAACAAGAGGUCCCAGCACUACUUGCGCCUGGUCGAGACGUCACUGAAAGGCGAGCGGAUCCUGGGGUAUCAAGAAGAGCCGUGCUACCUGUGGUUUGUGAUGGAGUUUUGCGAGGGUGGAGACCUGAAUCAGUACAUCCUGUCUCGCCGACCAGAUCCCCAGACCAACCGAAGUUUUAUGCGGCAGUUAACCAGCGCGGUGGCAUUCCUGCACAAGAACAACAUCGUCCACCGUGACCUCAAACCGGACAACAUCCUCAUCUCACAGAAAUCAGGGACCCCCGUUCUGAAAGUGGCCGACUUUGGCCUCAGUAAAGUCUGCGCUGGGUUGAAUUCCCAAAACGGCGACGACUACAAAGCUGCUGUGACCAACGGUAACCAAAACAACAUCAACAAGUUCUGGCUUUCUUCAGCCUGCGGGUCAGACUUCUACAUGGCUCCAGAGGUGUGGGAGGGACAUUACACGGCCAAAGCGGACAUUUUCGCCCUGGGCAUCAUCAUCUGGGCCAUGUUGGAGAGAAUCACGUUCAUCGACGGUGAAACCAAGCGCGAGCUCCUGGGCACCUACAUCCGACAGGGGACGGAGAUCGUCCCGGUCGGUGAGGCGCUUUUGGAGAACCCUAAAAUGGUCCUCCAUAUUCCGCAGAAGGCCAGAAGCUCCAUGUCUGAAGGGGUGAAGAAGCUCAUCCUGGACAUGCUGGCGGUCAACCCUCAGGAUCGUCCGGACGCCUGCCAGCUGGAGGUGCGGAUGAGCCAAGUCACCUGUGCUGCAUGACACUCCCGCACACCGCCCCACAGUGGGACCCCUGGACCUCCCAGACCUGCGCUCACCUGGACUGUGACCACGUGUACUGUGACCACGUGUACUGUGAAGAUAGACCCGCACACACACACACAGAAACUGUGAAUGAAGCCCGGACAGGAGGAGGACUGUUGAAGACGCAUGUGCCUUAAAGAACCCCCUCUGUCACAGGUAUCUUCUUGGCCGUGUAGCGUCAGUUGGAACCAAAUGAUGCCCAGAUGUGGGACCUGAAAUCCAAAGAGACUCUCGGACCUAGUGUUGCUGCCACCUCGGAACAAAACGCUUGGAAAAAUGACCAAAAUAUCGAAGCUAAAAUCAGAUUGGUGAGAUGAAGCCUUAUCUUUGUACCCUGCUUCGGCGCUGGCAUUGGAGUUGUUUUGAUAUCUGAAUGUGGUUGUAUAAGCUCGUGAUGUAAGGCGCAGAGGUUAUGAAUGAUUCAUGUCCAAACCUUUCCCCAACAUCAAAGCGUUUUGGGUCACGGCAGCAGACGUGGAGCCAUUCUCCCUCUGCAUCUGACUGGAAGAGUCUCUCAGGAAAUGAGAAGAUUUGCCAUCCGGGAGCAAUUUCCACUGGUGGCUGUGUCCUGUGAUGUCAGGUGGGGCGGGGCAGCGCGCUUGCUUUGCUGUGAGGACCGACUCUCUCUCAUGUAGACACUGCGAUAGAGCCUUCUGAGCCUUUAGUACACUGAACUGAUGUUCGCUUCCUCAGCAGUAGGCGUGGUCUUAGUGUGUCCUACCUCAACCUCUGCUGACUGGACCUUCCUCUGGACCUCGCCGGACGUAGCCCUUUACCUCCGACCACCACUUCCACCGGCUUCUUUGUGUCUGGUUCAGCCACUCUUUUGUUUCCACGACGACUCCAGUGACGUUGAACACCGGCGUAUCUCGCUCCACCUCGCCACCUGUCGCCGCUAGUUUAGCUCACACUGACUGUAAAUAGAGACCAAGCAAAUGCCUGAAUGUAAACAUCACCAAGUGGAAGCAACCUUGGUAAAUAUCCUGUUUAAAAUCAGGCAUUUCAGUCCUGGUAGUUCGUGGUCGUCAAGUGAGACACAUUUCCACUGCAUCCACACCGACAUGCGAGUCUCAGUUUAGGAUGUGUUAGAUGCUGUAGGUGGCCUCUCCCUUGUCACCAACACUACAGGUUCUAUGCAACCCAUUCCCUUGUCUCACAGCUGAGAGCCACGUCGUUCACCAAGCGUUGUGUGAAGUAGCUGCUCUUUCACUUUCCUCCAGUGUCUACAGUGUGUUUCUGAUGUUUUUUUUAUGUGAGAAUAAAAAGGUAUUGUUCAAUGA